AUGCCUCCUCGCGGUCGCAAACGAGCGGCAGAGGCUGAGCCCGAAGCACGACCCGAGAGACUCUCCCCUUCGUCCCUUGGGGACCGUGAGCCGCCGCCUCCCUUCUUCAACACUACCUUUUCCACCCACCGCGCAUCACCGCUCUACAUCGGCACCAACACUCUCACUUUUCCGCGGUUGCAAACGCUAUCGCAGCGUCUGCGUGACACCCUCGUGGGAGACGUCGUUAGAGGUGUGCAGGUCGGCUUGGGAGAUGGUGACAGCUCGCUUGGGCGCGCCGGACCCUUGGAGAAGGUCGGCAUUCGUUGGGUCGCGGUUGACGCGUUGCUGGGCGGCACAGAUGAUGCAGAUGUCGACUUGAGUCGAGAUAUGAGCAGUGACGCGGCGGACGGCGGCGAUGCGGAACGCAAGAAGAGGGGCCUGGUGUUCGAGAUCCGAUACGAGAACGCCUUGUGUACGGCUGUGCUGCUGCCAGCGGUCUCCGACCAGGCGGAGGAUGGGCAGCAAGACGGUCUCAAGUCGACGAGCAGCAUACAUAUACCGGGACUGCUUUCCGAAAGCAGCUCAAGGGAGGACAGGCACUUUCUGCGUCUGCCUCUCCUGCUCUUGCGCAUGCCGGCGCCCCUCAAGACCGUCAUCGUCGACUUCCUCUCGAGCACGUUCGAUUGUCGCAUCAGCCCUAUGCGCCUGGGCACGAGGCGUCUCACGGCCACAUGGGAGAGGUGGAUCGCAGACGCCGGGCUUCCCUCGCGGGGCCCUCUAGCCAAAGACAUGGUUCUCACCUUGGGUUUCUACGUCCCAUCCACCCACACCGGCGACGGUAACGAUGAUCAGCCUUCAGAGGGGCUCGGGAUCAAAUCCAUCGACGUCAUCAUCCCGGCCGAGGAAUUACGGCGGUUUGCGAGAGAAGGCAAGCAACUUGCGAGUUCGAGGGCCAAGAAUGGUGAGGCCACCGAGCGUAAAGUGCUCAGCCAGGGCUACGAAAGCGACCAGAGGCAGAGGAAGCGGCUAGCUGGCGGCAAGGCCGACGAAGGAUGGGGAUGGAUCGACGACGGCGACGAAAAGAACCAGGAGCCGUUCCUGCGCGCCUUGGGCGCUUACUUGGACAAGCACCUCGCCCUCGACCUCUUCCAUCCUGGGGUGAGAGUCACCAAGAUCGCCUGCGGCGGGUUCGUGCUCGCAGAAGGACGGGUCAAGGUCUUUGUGCCGCCGAAUGACGAUGACAACGACAACCAAGUAUACCCGCCUGUCAAAAAUCUGGUCGAAGACCUCAUCACCAGCGCAGUGUCAUGA